GAGCAGAGGAGGGUCCUAAUGGAGAGAGUGGGGAGAGAAGGAAAAAGCAACAUAAUGAUGCUCACACGAAGAGCAAAGAUGAGAAGAGUGUGACGUGUGAGCGUUACGUAGACACAAAGAAGAACCAAACUAUGGAGAAGCUCGCCAUCCUCCACGCAUUUAUGACUAGGCAGAGAGUGGAU